ACAUUCCUGACAGUGCUUCCACAACGUUUGACAUUCGUACAAUGUAUUAUUAGAAUCCAAAAUUUUUAAAAUUGCUAAUUUUUGUUUACGUAUUGAAAGUUAAGAUUUACGAAAAUGCGAUACGUUUUGAGUUACAUUUUUAGCGUUCUAGUUACAUCGGCAUUAAUAAUUUUUGGGCUCUAUUACUUACUUACUGGAAAAGGGGAGCAAAUAAGUAUAGCAUGGUUCCUAUUGAAUGUAUCUCCCCAUAUGUGGGCUUCUCUUGGAAUUGGUUUGGCAGUAUCUUUAUCAGUUGUAGGAGCAGCAGCAGGAAUUCACACCACUGGAGUCAGUAUAGUGGGUGCUGGAGUAAAAGCACCUAGGAUUAAAACCAAAAAUUUAAUUUCCAUUAUUUUUUGUGAAGCUGUAGCUAUUUAUGGCUUGAUUAUGGCUAUUGUAUUGUGUGGUAGUUGGAAGAACUUUGAUGUUACUGAAUUCUUCAGCAAUGCACAAGUAUUUUCCCAGAAUCAUUAUGGAUCCCAUGUUAUUUUUGGAUCAGGUUUAACUGUUGGAUUUGUAAAUCUAGUCUGUGGAUUUUGUGUGGGGCAAGUAGGAUCUGGAGCAGCCAUUUCAGAUGCAGCCAAUUCGUCAUUAUUUGUUAAAAUCCUGAUUAUUGAAAUUUUUGGAAGUGCUAUUGGGUUGUUCGGCCUAAUUGUUGGGGUGUAUUUGGUAAGCACAGACUUUUUUAAUAUUAUAUUUUUCACCAAAUCUUAAUGUUAUAACUUUGAUUUUUCUUAUUGGUAAAACUAAAUGAAUUUGUAUAUUCAUCUUCAUUGUUCUGGGAUAUACAAAUUACAACAUAGAUUAUCAUACCUGCCUCCGACAUUUGCUGGUCAAAAUUCAGUUCAAAGCAAUCAUGUUUUUUUAUUUUUGAUAGGAUUGUACUUUUACUAGGUCAAAUUGAUAAUCAACUCAUUUUAUUUUGUUUGAUAUGUGUCUUAUACUGUGUCACAUCUAUUUUCUAAAAAUCUGAAAAGUUUGUAAUGUUCAUACUGAACACACCCUUUAUAUUACCACUACACGAUCACUUGGUUUUCGAAACGCGCAUUAGACAGUGUAAUUGUGAUUGUUGGUGAGUGGAAAUGUAAACAGUGUAUUCAGUAGAAGUACCUUAAGAAUUUUUCAAUGUCAAAAGAUAAACAAUAUAUUUUCUUCAAUUUUUGCACACAUUAGAAUAAGCUACAAUGUUUGAAAUAUGAAAAAAUUGUAAGUUUCUUGGACUCCUACAGUAGUCAACCAAAAACCAACUAGUUGAGAAGAAUUUUAAUAUUGUUGUAUUGAGCAAUUUAUAUUUAAUAGAUUUAAUGCAAUUUUUCAAGUUGUAAUUCAGUACUAAAUUAAAAUGAUGUAAAUAGC